AUUCAUGCAAGAUCUGAUGGUUGCUAGGGUAUCUGGAUCAUUCCAGGUGUGCCUAGUAAUAAAUACGAAGUAGAACCAGCAUUCUUUCUCCAAAAAACGGGGUCUGGACCUCUCUGGCAACGCCCAGUUCCGGGCCUGUUUACCCUCAGUAAAAAACCCCUCAACACUAGCCCCUCCCAGAGAAGCACAUUCCGAAAGGGACCUCGUAUCAUGCCUACCUGCGGAGAGCCCUACACCGGGGAUGAGAUCAGAUCUCUCUUACCAACUAGCUUAUCAAGUCAUCACAGCCAGAGCGCAUAACUCAAAUACCACCCUCCUUCCGAAUCGAGUCUAGGUGAGGUAGCAAUCUAAGAGGAUGGGCGGGAGAUCACCCCGGACUUGGCAAGUCAACGCAUCCCAAAUGGCCAGGGCCUUUGAUUACGGCUUAGCCGGUAUGCUUGGGAGAUACCUCGAGUCUCGGCUCCAUGUAACGGUAUGAUCGGUUGGUCUAAUAUAGCACGCAAUUGCAAUAUGUAAGGGGUCAUCGUAUACUUACUACUACUACGGUAUUUAUUUAUUAAUUUGCUCGUACCUCCCCCUCACGAGGCAGACAAAGGGGAUUCGCUCGUUCUUCACCUUCAUUUGGCGAGGGGGAAAGGAACAAUUACCAAAGCGAAAAAAGGGACAUCUGUGUAAGCUCGAGGGGGUUUUUCAACAUGCGCUCUCUCAUCCUCUUAUUCGCCUCGGCCGCUACGGCCAAGGUGAUGGAUAGUCUUCCUCGUGUUCCUAAGGGUUGGACAGAAGUUCGUCAAGCUUCUCCCGAUGACACUGUUACCUUGCGCGCCGCUCUUCCUCAACAACACGCGGCGGCAUUGGAACAAGCAGUGAUUGAAGUCUCUACACCUGGUCAUCCGAACUACGGCUUGCAUUUGUCGCGUGAUCAAGUCCGUGCUUACACGGCCCCAACCGAGAAAUCGGUUUCGUCUGUUGUCGAUUGGCUGGCUAAGAGCGGCGUCAAGUCCUCGGUGAACAACGAUUGGAUCACUUUCACCACGAACGUUGAGACAGCAAACGAUCUACUUGAUGCUGAUUUCGCUUGGUACCAAUAUGAGAAGGGCGGCAGUCCCAAACUGCGGACAUUAUCGUACAGUGUCCCCGAUGAGCUCUCUACGAAUAUCGAUUUGAUCCAACCGACCACUCGUUUUGGUCAAUUGGGCGCCAAGAGGUCGACCAUCUUUGAGAUGCAAGUUCUCGAACCUGAAGAGGAAGAAGCACUCAAGAUAAAUGCCGCGACUGAUGCAGCUGACUGCAACCCUUCAAGGAUCACGCCCGAUUGCCUUAAGUCGCUUUACAACAUCAAGUAUACCGCAUCACCCGAGGGAAACCUGGUUGCCUUCAGCUCCUACCUAGAGGAGUACGCUCGGUACUCGGACCUUCAGUCUUUUGAGACUCAGUAUGUAUCAAAGGCUGCGGGCCAGAAUUUUACUGUCGAACUAGUUAAUGGAGGGUUGGAUGACCAGGGUAGCAGCGAUGACAGCGGCGAGGCGAAUCUUGACGUGCAAUAUGUCCUAGCUGUCAGCAACCCCGUCCCAAUCCUCGAGUAUAGCACUGGCGGUCGCGGACCUCUCGAACCUACUCACGAUGAACCUGGCCCCUCGUCAAACGAACCUUACUUGGAGUUCUUGACCUAUCUACUCGACCAAGAAGAUUCCGCUCUACCGCAGACACUCUCUACUUCCUAUGGAGAGGAAGAGCAAUCGGUACCGGCAGACUACGCACUGAAAGUCUGCAACUUAUUCAUGCAACUAGGCGCCCGUGGUGUUAGCGUUUUGUUUUCGUCGGGUGACUCUGGUCCCGGUGAUUCUUGCAUCAGGGAGUCUGACCAAGCACCUUACUUCCAACCCUCAUUCCCCGCCGGUUGCCCAUAUGUUACUUCCGUCGGAGCUACUUACAACGUUGAGCCCGAGCAGGCCGUGAGUUUCUCUAGCGGUGGAUUUAGUUCGCUUCACGCUCAACCUGCUUGGCAAGCAGAUGCCGUCAGUGCGUACCUCGAGUCCAUUGGCAGUACUUAUUCGGCUUAUUUCAACGCAUCUAACCGAGGCUUCCCCGAUGUCGCCGCGCAAGGAAGUCGUUUCAUUGUUAUCGACAAGGGCAGAUCCUCUUUGCUGUCGGGAACUAGCGCUUCCAGUCCCGUCUUUGCGGGUGUUGUCGCUCUUCUGAACGCUGCUCGAAAGAGUCAGAGCCAACCUCCCCUAGGAUUCCUUAACCCGUGGCUGUACAACAACAGUGCCGCAUUGAUCGACAUAACAUCAGGUUACGGCAGUGGCUGUUCGGGUAACUCCGCCUUUGGAAGUGGUGCGAGAUGGAAUGCUACUGCUGGGUGGGAUCCUGUCACAGGUUUAGGAACACCUGACUUUGAAAAGCUACUCGCUGCUGCUGCUCCAGGAGUUGAGAACGCAUAGAGGGCAUAAACGAUGUUGACAAACUAGGUAUCAAACCUUAGGAGUUAAUGGGAUAAUCCCGAAAUCCAUAUAAAUAUAUGAAAGAUAAUUGAUUCAAU